UUUAAUCGAGCACGGACAUGAUGGGAGCAAGCAGACGACCUUUACUUUAGCUAGUUCACCACAACAUUGUUAUUAUUCUUUUUUGUAUAUUUAUCUUGCAUGCAGUUGUCUGGACAGUACAGUUAGUGAAAAAUAACUGCUGAAGGGCAUAUAACUCUUAGAUUGAAAAUGAUAAUAUUUGCAUCUGGAAGACAGAUAAUAUCUGGGGUUCCAUUGAGGAGAUUUGCCCAGCAGAUAUCCAGCGCACCAAAAUGCACAAGAAAAGCCCAGCUGUGGUUUAUUCCUCGACCCUCUCCGGUGAUCCUGGCAUGCAGAGCAACGUCCACUAGCCGGCUGUUAACGGGCAUCACACCUCAGAGCUGGCAGGCCUCACGCUUCCUGCACGGGGACGCCCCACACGCCGCAGAGACGACCAAUAACAAAGACAAGUUCAGCAUGAAGGCGCUGGGCCAGGCCCCCAAGCCUGCUCUCUACCUGGGUUUCUCUGGGCUCCUCCCCUUCCUGGCCGCGCCCCUGCUGAUGGCUGCAACGCAGGCCUUCUACCCGGAGGUUGCAUAUGCUCAGGUGGUGUACGGAGCCUCCAUCGUGUCCUUUCUUGGAGGUGCACGCUGGGGGUUUGCCCUCCCUCCCGGGAGCCCCGCUCAGCCGGACUGGAUGAAUCUGGGCAAUAGUGUGGUUCCUUCACUCGUGGCCUGGCUGGCUCUGCUCUGUAAGGACAAUAUUACAGAAGGAGCGCUGAUAGUCGUCAUGGGACUGGGCCUGUCGCUGCAUUAUGACCUGACCCUGCUGCCGGGCUACCCCGCUUGGUUCAAAGCCAUGAGGACUGUCCUCACUCUGGUCGCCACCUUCUCACUGGUCGCUACGAUAACACUUAAGAAGUUCUGCACUGAGAAGAGGAUCAAGGACAUUCAGAAGUGAUUUAAUUAAAUAGUUUGUUCAUUCAACUCCGUGGUGUAAUAAAAAUGUAAUCAAUCAAUCAAUCAAUCAAUAACUUUUUUUGUCCCCAAUGGGGCAAUUAAUCUUGCAGCAAUAUAUAAACAUAUACACAUAGUAAAAAAGGACAACGACUUUAAAUCUAAAAAUCUAAAAUCCCAAGCCUCACAACAGCUACCUUUUCCUCAUGGAAUUGAGAAGGGAGAUGCAGAAGCUACAAAAGAAAGUUUAUAUCUGUUAGUUUUGAGAAGUGUAAGUCUGAGCAAUGUACCCGAUGGGAGGAACUGAAACUCUAGUGUAAAGGACGGAACAGUCCCAUAGGAUAGUUUAUCUUUCCUAUACAGCUGUUUGUUCUACAGGUCCUGUAGAGUCACCUGAGCAGAGACAACUAUUUUACUACAGACAUUCACCACCUUGGUAAGAACAGUUUUCUGCUUUACCCUUAGUGAUGAAAACCAACAAAUGAAAGAAAAAGUUAAAACAGACUCAAUGAAAGAGCGAUAGAACAUGGACAACAAGGAUGAAUCGACAUGGAAUUUGGACAGUUUUCUUAGACAGUACAGACGCUGCUGACUUUAGGUUUAGUAAGGACGUGCUGACAGUUCGUCUCCAACAAUUCACUGAUUCACCAAGUUCACAAUUUAGAAGAUAUCUUACUUCUAAUGUGUUUUAGAAUUGUUAUUCGUUGAGUU